AUAAAGAGUGUGCAUUAUUCUGGAAUGUCAAUUAUUUAGUGAAACUCAAUUGUUGAAAAGCCUGAGACGACAACAAACCAACCAUAUGGCCUAAUGUUAGUCAUGGGAAGUACUUCGCCCCAGGGCAGCAAUACCAACAUAAUGAAGGUCCCCUACUGAUGGAGACAAGCACAAACAAAAUGGACCACAGCCGACUGCUGGCAGCGGGUGCACAAAGAGUGAAUCCCCAGAGGAGGGCGAGAAGAGGAACCAGGGACGUGUGGAGGACCAGAUCAACGAGGAGCACCUUCAACGGAUUGAGGCCAUGUUCCAUGAAGCAGACACCGACGGAGGGGGAGGAUUGGAUAUGGAAGAGUUUCGUGAGGCAAUCAAGAAGAUCAUGGGUGACAUUGAUGAUGAAGAUGUGGACAUUAUCUUCAUGAAGGUGGACACCAACUGUGACGGCGGUGUGGACUGGGAUGAGUAUCUAAACUACAUGCUGCUGGAGUACAGGGAGAAGGACUCCCUACAGAAGCAGAACCGUCCCCUCUACUUCCCUAAACCUCUAAAGAUCGUCCCUGUUGCCCACUGUGAGCCCAUCGUUCGGCUGCAGUUCUACCCCUUCCAGACCCCCCAGGCAGAGAAGAACGGGGGGCAGGGCAAGGCCGUGCCCAAAACCCGCGCCCAGCUGGGACGCUACCUGUCUGUCAGCCGAGAUGGCAUCCUCAACUACUGGAGCGAGAGGUUCAAACUGACACGCACUGUCAACUUGGACCAGCUGAAACGAGCCCCCCCCUCCACCUCCAUCCAACAGAUCUGGGUAACCGACAUGAUCUGCUUGAGCAACCUUAACCUCCUGGCCAUCGCCUCCACUGGACGAGACGUUGAGUUUUAUGACAUCAGCGCCAGCAAGUGUGACAUUGUAUUCUCUCUGACUGGACUGGAGGGCUACGUGGUUGUCAUGGAUUACUGGUCAGAUGGAACCAAAGCAGUGUUUUCGAUAGGGGACAUUGAGGGUUAUGUGUCUGUCUUCAUCUCCAGUGAUGUGCUCCAGUAUGGACUGUUCAACAGUGGGGCCUUUAAGUCUGGGGGGAAUUGCCGCAUCCCUGUCCCAGCUCUGUUGAAGAACACCUCCAAGUAUUUCCUGUGUUUCAAAGUGGCCCUGCACAAUAACUGGUGCCAUCAGAUCCGCUUUCUACCAGAGUUAAACGCUGUCGCCACCUGCUGUGCAUCUGACCAAACUUCAAUGGUUCUCACCACUGUGCCCCACUCUCAGAAGGCUAAAAUACACAACUCAUUCUUUCAGCUGAGGAAGGGAAUCCUCUGCUUUGACUACUCUCCAGAGUUUAACAUUCUGGUGACUGGAGGCUUUGACCGCAUUGUGAGGAUAUGGAACCCGUACGUGAACAACUGUGCCACCUCUCAGAUGAAGGGCCACUCCACAGCCAUCACACACAUCAUGGUCAACAGCAGCGACAACAAGAUCAUCAGCAUCUCCAAGGAUAAGAAUGUGCGUGUGUGGGACCUGCAGGACUGUGCCUGUCUCCAGAAUAUCCACUCCAGGAAUGUGACCAUGAGUCGCUUCCCUAUCUCAAGUGUCCACUACAACAGAGACACCAACACCCUAGUGCUGGCCACCUUUCUGAUAGGGGUUCUACAUGGAGUGGUGGAUGAUGUGGAUACUGUUCACAAGCUGCAGACAUCACAUGAGCAGCCCCUGUGUACAGCUCUCUGUAACACCAACUUCAAACAGGUAGUGAGUGGCUGUCAUAACGGCGUGGUGAGCGUGUGGGAAAUCCUGACUGGGGAGAAGAUCAUGCAAUUCCAGACAUCUCCUGAGAAGGCGGUGGAGGUGACGGCCAUGACGUUUGACGGGCCCAAGCGCCGCCUCAUCACCGGGUCCAAGGAUGGUAGCCUGCGCCUUUGGAACUUCAACAACGGAGCGCUGCUAGCUACACUCCCCAUACUGAAUGAUAACGAGGUGACUGGGGUCAUUUACAUCAACCAAAGGAUAUAUGUGUCCGGCUGGAGCAAAAGGGUCAUGUGGUACUUGGAUGUGAAGGAGGAUAUGGAGAUGGAGUACCGUAUCUGGAACCAGUACCAUGCCGAGGAUAUCUACUCCAUGCAUGCCCACGGCAAUAAGAUGCUUGUGACCGCCUCCUACAGUGGUGACAUCAUCGUAUGGAACAUCGACUCGGGGCGGGCUUUCUGCCGCUUCAACGCCUGCGAGAGUUCGCGACCACUGCUGCCCAAUCGGGUGAUUGACAGGUCGGCUUUUGACAGAUUUGAGGUAUCAGAGUCUAAGGGCUCGUUUGAUGAGAGCGAAUGGACAGAUUCAUCAGAGGACAGAGGGGAGGCCACAGUCUCCCAGUCCAGCCAGGGGGUCUCAGUGGGGCCCGGUGCACCCCCUCAUCCCCCUUCUCCUCAGGAGGACAAGGACAGCUCUUGCAGCAGCACCCCUGAGAUGAUCCAGGAGGAGUCAGGCGCUGAGAAAGAAAAUGAGAGAACUCAGAAGUCACAAAAGCAGCGGCACAAGAGCAGCAAACCUCAGCCGAUCAGUGCAAAAGAGUUAGAGAAACCCAGACUGGCUGUGGAGAAGGCUCUUUUCCUGGGAACCAGGGAGCGGAGCCCUGACACAGCCAUCCUGCUGACCAGUGCAGCUGACGGCUACGUGUACGCCUGGUCCAUCCACCACCUGGGGGGGCUGCUGGGCAAGUUCCGGGCGGUCCACUCCGAGGGCACGGCCAUCAGCACCAUGUCUACUGAUCUGCAAGACCAGAUGCUGCUAACUGGGGACAGCACCGGCUACAUCAUGCUGUGGGACAUAGAGAGGUACUGCUUCUGUAUGCAAGGGGAGCGGGAGGGGAUGGCCCCUCUGGAAAAGGCCGUUCAUCUGCCCAGCCUCAUCCCCAGGUACUGUAAGGUGACUGGGCCUCGCAGGAUGAAGGUGGAGAAGAGAACCGAGGUGGUGGAUGGCUGGAGCGUCUCCCUCACCCCUCCGCCCCUCCUCAGCUCCUGGCGGGGUCACCUGAAGGGCAUUGUUAGUCUGGAGUACGUGGAACGUUUCCGCCUCAUUGUCACCGCCAGUCUGGAUUGUAAUGUGCGACUGUGGACCAUCGCUGGCAGCUACAUAGGCACGUUUGGCCAGGCCCAGUGGCGUGUGGGAGACCACCAUGCCUUCCCCUGGGAACUGCCAGUGGACCUGAGGAGGGUUGGCUCCUGCCAGACCCUCAAAGUGCUCAACCAGGGAACACAACCCCACUGGAACUGUGCCAAACGUAUCCUGGAGACACUGACCCAGCAGAAGCUCCGGCAUACAGCCAUGGCCAGCACUGCCUCUGACCUGCAGGAGCUGGUGCCAGCCGACCCACGCAUCGCCCAGUACAGCAACGAUCAGAUCGAGGAGACCUGGCAGCACUGGCAAGAGAAGGGCAAACAGACGAGUGCCAUCCUGGGGCUUGCCUACAAGCAGAAAGUGAGGCACCACCUGCCCUCCUGUCCCCCGGACCUCCAGGUGUCCUUUAGCAGCCGAGAGCAGCUACGGGUGUACAAGUCAAUGCCCUGCACAUCCCUGCUGCCCAUCAUCCAGCCUCCGGUACCUGAGCUACUGAAGGAGCAGCAGCAGAAGACCCAGGACGGGGCUGACAUGCUGGGCAAGCAGAAGAGGAACAACAAGCGUGGUGCUCAUGUACGCUUCAGCUCGAACAAAGGGGCGCGCAGGAAGUCUAUCGCUCCCAAACAGCAGACCAGGGGAGGCAGCAGCAUCGCCUAGGGAACUGAGUAGCUGUGAUUGUGGCAGUGUCCAUUGGUUUUACCUGUUAUUUCUCCCUGUUUCUGAAUUAACUGUUUCAAUACAUAAUUUGUGUAAUUACUGUCAUGUUAUUAAAUUGUUUUAAUUGGCA